AUGGCUUCCAACGCCAACGGAGUGAAAGAGUUCUUAGCCAAAGCCAAAGAAGAUUUUCUUAAAAAAUGGGAAAAUCCCUCUCAGAAUACAGCCAAUUUGGAUCAGUUCGAUCGAAUCAAGACCCUGGGCACGGGCUCCUUUGGGCGAGUGAUGCUGGUGAAACACAAGGAGACCGGGAGCCACUAUGCCAUGAAGAUCCUUGACAAACAGAAGGUGGUGAAGCUGAAACAGAUCGAGCACACCCUGAAUGAAAAGCGCAUCCUGCAAGCUGUCAACUUCCCGUUCCUCGUCAGACUUGAGUUCUCCUUCAAGGACAACUCGAACUUGUACAUGGUCAUGGAGUACGUGCCUGGUGGAGAGAUGUUCUCACACCUGCGGCGGAUUGGAAGGUUCAGUGAGCCCCAUGCCCGUUUCUACGCGGCGCAGAUCGUGCUGACCUUCGAGUACCUGCAUUCACUGGAUCUCAUCUACCGGGACCUGAAGCCGGAGAACCUGCUUAUUGACCAGCAGGGCUAUAUCCAGGUAACGGAUUUCGGUUUCGCCAAGCGUGUGAAGGGCCGUACCUGGACCUUGUGUGGGACCCCUGAGUACCUGGCCCCCGAGAUCAUCCUAAGCAAAGGCUACAACAAGGCCGUGGACUGGUGGGCCCUGGGGGUCCUCAUCUAUGAGAUGGCCGCUGGCUACCCGCCCUUCUUCGCCGACCAGCCCAUCCAGAUCUACGAGAAGAUCGUCUCUGGGAAGGUGCGGUUUCCUUCCCACUUCAGCUCUGACUUGAAGGACCUGCUGCGAAACCUUCUGCAAGUAGAUCUUACAAAGCGGUUUGGUAACCUCAAGAACGGAGUCAACGAUAUCAAGAACCACAAGUGGUUUGCCACGACCGACUGGAUUGCCAUCUACCAAAGGAAGGUUGAAGCACCCUUCAUCCCCAAAUUUAAAGGCCCUGGGGAUACGAGUAACUUUGACGACUAUGAGGAGGAAGAGAUCCGGGUCUCCAUCAAUGAGAAGUGUGGCAAGGAGUUUUCUGAGUUUUAGGGGUGUGCCUGUGCCCCCAUGGGUUUUCUUUUCUCCUUUUUUUUUUUUUUUUUGUGGGGGGGGGGGGGGUUGGAUUGAACAGCCAGAGUUCCUUGCAUCUAAUUUCACACCCACCCCACCCUCCAGGGUCGGGGGAGCGGCAAGUCCAGAUAUUUGAAGGGACAAAACACCAGCUGCUCCCCCUCAUCCCCUUCGCCCUCCUGCCGCCUAUGUCACUUUACCCUUUCCCUAUGCCCCCCCCCAUCCCCACCUUGGCCCACUUCGGCCUGUUUUAAACAACUUUCUCAGCUCCAGUCAGACCAGGUCUUGCUGGUGGAUCCAGGGACAGGGUGUGGAAAGAGGGGCUCAGGCUUAACUCCAGGCCCAUCCCUAUCCCACCAUAGGCACCACGUGCAAAGGGUGAAAAUGAAAAACCGAAAAACUGACAUUCCCUUCAGGGCAGUGACGCCUGGGAAGGAGAUGGUUUUAGUGGCAUGUUCAAUGGGCUGCCCUGGAGAAUCCUUUUUUAAAAAAUUUAAAAUCGUAUUUAAGUUCCACCAGUGCCUCCCCCCCUCCUUCCCCUACCUCCACCCCUCCCAGGUCCCCCCACUUCCUAGAUGCAUUUUAACGAGGCUGGGAAGCAGACUGACUUUGUAAAGGGAGACGCUGGGGCUUGAACCUCCACCCUGAGCUGCUAAUCUCCCCUGCCUGCCCCCCACAGGGUCCUCUGCCAAUCCUGCAAGGGUCUCAGCCCUUUAGGAAGCCCCCCAGUCUCCUCUUCCCCAGCAGACCUCUCCUCACCCUUGGGCUCUGGGAGUCAGAGCAGCAGCCCCUUUCCCUGCCAAAGAAGAAUCAUCCCCCCAAAAUACAGAGGGGGAGCCCCAAGCCCGCGGUCUUUCCUCCCAGCAGCAUUCUCCCCAAACUCCCUCAUUUUAUUCUCAGCGAGAUUUUAAUGCCCUCUCAGCUCAGCUGGGAAGGCGACUCUGCGAAAGGACAGGGAAGAGGCAAAGUCUCUCCCACCCCCACCCCCACGGUCCAGGGUUCAAGGCCAGGGUUGCUGGGGUGGGACUGCCUGUUUUAUUCACCCAGCAGCUUCUGCCCCCCCACCCCAGGCGCCCCUCCUCCAGCUUAGCUGUCAGCUGUCCAACACCCCCUGUCUGAUUUGUGCUCUCCUCUCAACAGAAAAGUGGGGAGCCACCCCCUUCAUCCCCGUAUCUGUCCCUCUCACAACUUCUCCCCAUCCCAGGAGGAGCUCUCAGACCUGGGGUGGGGCCCCGGGUGGGCGCGGGCGUGAUUCAACCUGUGUGCUGCAAAGGACUUCCUCUUGAACAGUGUGCUGUUGUAAACAUAUUUGAAAACUAUUACCAAUAAAGUUUUGUUUA